CAAUGAACAAAUUCGGCUCCGGAGAAACGAGAAGCCAGGUCCACCUGAACAUUUCACACCGAUACACAAAUGUGGAUCCUGAAGUUUUGAUAAGAGUCAAUUUUGAUUUUGCACUUAUCGAUAUGCCACCGAGUUAUUCGAUAGAAGUCAUAGGUAAGGAGAUGAGGUGAUCGGUCAAGAAUUCAGUCCGUAUAGCCAAGUCACGAGCUUCGCUAAAUGCAAAAGGAAGCCCCUGAGUGGUCAGGGCUACCAAGGGUGUGAGCCAGCAAACGGGCACACUUCCAAAAAUUAUGUGAGCCCGACCACGCACGACAUCCAGUAAUCAGUAUCACCACAUCAAUCAAUAUCAACACGUUCAAAUUCCACGGUUCAUCAUUUACCGAAAUGUAGACUUGCCGGAAGAAACCAUUGUGAGUGAGCUCCAUCCCAAUUACGAUCACGGCCCACGAUACAACCCCUCUACUGUUGAUGAUUGGGCCAAAUAUGCAUUGGUUUUCGACGGACGAGGCGGAUGAGGCCAGAGGCGAACACGUUGCACACUGCACGCCAUGCAGAAAGGAAGGCCGCGGGCAGGCGGGACGGCUUCGAUCUCCCCCUUUUCCCCAGGAACCAGUAGGAAGAAGAGACGAGAUAUCCAACCAUUGAACUUGCUUCAGACCGAAUGCAGUGACAUUUGAGUGCAGCCCAGUGUGCCAGUGUCACAUGCUCCCCACCACUGAAGUCGGGAUGUGUAGAUGGUCCUUUAGGGUCCUUGGAAUUUUGGCGGAGUCGAAGGAGCAAAGCAGGUUCGUGGCGACGGAGAAGAGGAUACAAAAGCUUAUUUAUACGCACACCUGGGGUCAAGAAUUCGAAGGAAUUUGGCAAAAGAAAAAAGGAGGCAUCCACCGAUAUUUUCCGCACACCAACCCCCCCUUGGCUUCACACGUCUAAGCCUAAAAACAUCUGGGCUGCAAGACAGCCUUGACAGACAUGGACUGCCCAGCAAAUUCGCCUUAUGGUGCCUCUUCUGAACCCCCACUGUUUUCUUCUGUCCUACUCCAUCUAAGCCAUUACUCGUUACUCUUUUCGUUUCGGCAUGCAGGUUGCAGGUUGCAGGUUGCAGCGUUGGGUUGGGCCGCAUCGUGAGCGAGACCGCGAUUUUCAUCAUUACCCUCCCACUCCGGCCAUUUUAGAACCACCCAAUGCGACGUGGCGCGAGUGCGUUGUGGAUGCCCAAUGCCAAUGGCUGGUGAGCACGAUUUUGGUCAUUUGGUCCCUCGAAUCAGCAAGUCGUGGGGUACUAUGGAGGACCCCGCGAUGGACAAUCACCAUCUACUGUGGUAUUCUCUCUCUGCAUUUUUCCUGGUCGCUUGCCGCCCUCCGGUGUGUCUUACCAAUGAAACUUCUUCCGAUCAUCUUCUUUACUUAAUCGCUCCUUUGGCGUUAUUGAACGGACAGGUCAUUUGUUCGUCAAUUAUUAUACAUCAUUGUUUCUCCAUCUCGACUCCGUUCGUAUCUGCAAGCAUCAUCCUUUUCCCAACCCCUCAUCCACUGCUACCCGUUAUUGUGUAUACGAAAACCUAAAUCCAGCGCCGUUCCCCAGUGUCGGGUGUACCCGCAGUGAGCCGAGCGCCAGCCAGUUGUCUCUGAUCAUGGUAGCAAAGAAUAAUAAGAAGGGACAAAAUAAGAGCAUUAAAGCUGCUCUCGUCGACUCGGUGACUCCAGAAGGGGAGGUACAAUCAACAGUAUGGAAAACGUUUCAUUCUGUCCGUACCGGACCAAUAUUAACUAUAAUUGGUCUACCGUACAGCAGACUGCGUUCACACCACCUGUGACGUUCACAAGUGAACCAAGUGUCGACAUUAUACAAGCAUGUAAAGAUAAGGAAGAAAAAGAAGAAUCAACGGAAGAGGAACAAGGUAUGUUUGGAAAGCUAAUGGAAACCUACCGAUUUUAAUUGGUUAUUUGUAGUUGAGCCCGAUGCGACUCAAUCGAGCGAUGUGCUCCAAAUAGAGGACGUAAAACCUGAGGCGGAUGAAGAACAAUCACCAGCUCCUAGUUCAGAAGCUGAUGGUCCAGGAGAGGAAGUACAGGCCGGCGGGGAAUUGGAAAAGGUUGAGGAGAAUACCGAAGAAGUUAGCAAUCCCGAACCGGCAAUAGACGUUCCUCAGACCGAUGAAAGCGCACCUCCCGCAGAAAAACUUAGCGAUCCCAUUGCGGAAGAAACAAAUAACGACUCAACACCAAGUGAUCCUAUCCCAGAGACGAAAAAUGAAGAAUCAUCUCCGGAUUCAGAUACUGCCGUCACAGCUGACUCGCCUGUCGAGAAUUCCAAUCCCGAAACACAGACACAAGACGAGUGCGCAGACACACCAAAGGAUGAAUCUUCUCCGCCUCCUACUGAGAAACCAAGCGGGGAAGCUCCCGUCGCCGUCGAUGAUGACCAACCUGCCACUGCCACAGCAAACUCAGUACAUUUUGAAGACGACACUGCCCCUCCCGCUGAUGAAAAACCCACGAAGUCGUCUUCGAAAAAGAAAGAAAAGGACAAGAAGAGCAAGAAAGGAAAGGGCAAGGAAAAGGAAGCAAAAGUAGAAAAGAUUCUGGAGCCUCCGAAGAAAUUGGAAGCUAAACCGGAGGACGAAUGGGCUGAGACGAAAUCCGGCAAGAAAAGUAGAAAGGACAAGCGGAAGGAUAAGGCAGGAAAAGGGAAAGGUGGUAAAUCAAAAGGUGUCGUAUCGCCGCCAACCCCCGACGAGUCUGAGACUCAUUCACAUGAGGAAGAUAAUGGUGAGACGAGUGAGCCUACGCCGCCAGCUUCCGUUGCCGCCGAUGAACCAUUAGAAUCCACGCCUGAUCAGGAGCAAGUUGUUGAAAGCCCACCAGACCCGCUUCCACAGGAUCAGAGUGUACCGGAAUCAUCACCGCAAGAUUCUGAGCCAAAUCCCACACCAGAUGUUGAGAUUGUUGAAGAAAACCCACCACCGCCCGUACAAGAAGAAUCCAAAGAUGCCGAGCCCGAAUCUGACGCCCAGCCCUUAGUUGAAAGUUCUGAGGAGACCGCGCCAGCAGAUGAAAGUUCCAGUCCCGAGGUGCCUGUUGAAGAAUCCAGCCAACCACCACAAACAACUGAGGCCGAAAACGCAAAAGAUGCGGAUCCUGUCAUUGAAGAAACUCCACCAGCAGUUGACGAUGCUAGCCCAGAACAAAGUAUCGAAGAAUGUAGUCAGGAUGUACCUGCAGAGGCCGAGACGCCAAAGGACGCAGAGCCUAUUGCUGACGAAAUUCCGCCAGCUGUUGAGGACGCAAGCGCAGAGGCAAUUGUCGAAGAAUCUACUCAAGCACCAGCCGAGGACGAGAAGCAAAAGGAAGAGGAUCCUGUCCCUGAAGAAAGCUCACAAGCAGAUUCUAGCCCGGAGCCAGUUGUUGAAGAAAACAUUCAGGAACCAGUCGUCGAAGAAACAACCCAGGAACCAGUCGUCGAAGAAACUACCCAGGAACCAGUCGUCGAAGAAACUACCCAGGAACCAGUCGUCGAAGAAACUACCCAGGAACCAGUCGCCGAGGCUGAGGAGGUGAAAGACGUGGAUUCCACGACUGUUGUCGAUGAAAAUUCACCAGCUAUCGAAGAAGCUAGUCCCGAGCCAGUCAUCGAAGAGUCUAGUCCACCCGCUGAGGAUGAAAGCCCAAAAGACGUGGAUUCCAUACCUAUUCUCGACGAAAGCCCUGCAGAGAGUGACCCUCCUGCUCAAGAUUCCCCUUCAGACAGCGAGCCUGUUGUGGAACAGGAAGUAUUAGCCGAAAGCGAGCCUGAACAGCCUACUGUUGACAAUGAACCACCUACGGAAAGCGAGGUAAGAAGCCCGAUUUUUCUUUCUAUAAACUCCUGCUUCCAUGAUUCAAGAUUCUCGGAAAACUUCAUUAUUUUUCUGGGAGUUUGUAGAACGACCAAGAAUACAAGUUCCUAGUUUUGCUAGAUAUUCUCGGAAGAUAAUUAAUCUUGCCAUCUGCUUUUUGGAACAUGACUGACAAUACUAGGCGUCUCCCGUGCCCGCGGAAAAUGAAGAAUCUUCGGCGGACAGCGCCCCCCAGCCUGAGAGCGAAGAGACUCAACAGCCCAUUUCUGAGAAUGAGGAGUCCCCCGCUGAUGAUGCCAAAGUCGAGACCGAAGAGCCCCAACAGCCCGCCGCUGAUAAUCCAGACUCAUCAGCAGAGAUAGCUUCUCAAUCCGAAACAGAAGAGCCCCAGCAACCCAUUGCCGAUAACGAAGACCCUCCAGCAGAAAUCGUACCCCCAGUUGAGAACAAUGAGCCCCAAAAGCCAAUCAUUGACAGCGAAUCUCCAACCCAGGAGGAGGCCAAAGAAUCUUCGGAACCUCCCAGCCAAGAGGAGCAAGAACCCGAGGCAACAGAAGACGAGAAAGUCCCAGAAGAAGCGCCAGUAGCUGAAAGCGAACGGGCUAUAAUUAAUACUGAGGAGAACCCGUCUGAUGUUGUGCCACCAACGCCUACUGACGAGGAAGUGCUUGUUAAGGAAACACCUGUUAUGGAUGGGGAAUCUCAAGAAGAUGCCGUUAAGCCCGAGGUCGAAGAGAAUACUACGACGCCAGAUCCUACUACCGAGCAGGAACAGCCAGAUGUACAGGAAAAGAGUCAAGAGCCAGGUAAGUUUUCUUUUCCUUAUUUGUUGAGUAUUGAGCGCACCCACCAUGUGCUUAUGAUGAAUAUCUGUCAAAUGACAUUUAUUAUAUCGAGUUACUGGGAGAAUAAAUAAUGUUUGAAAGAGGCUCAGAUAAUCAAGCGAUUCAAAAAUUGAUUAUCUGUGCUUUUCGUUCAUUCAAUUCCAUUAUUCCAGCCCUCUUGGAUAAUCCAAUAAUCUGAGUGGAGUUGGGAUGAUCACGUGAAAACCAUUAUCUGUUUUCCAUCAAGUCCAUUUAAUCAUUUCAAUCUCUCUACGGAGGGGCCGUUUGGCAAAAUUGAAUUGACUGCUUGAGAAUGUUUCUUGAUAAAACCGAAUGCCGAUGAUAAUUUCAUUCGAAACAUUUGAUCUCUCAACCCUUCUGGACAAUGAAGCUAACCAUGUAAACAGAGCCCACUACGAACGGCGAUGCCCAAGAGGAAAUUAUACCAGAAGGGAGUGCCGAUGGAGUCGAAGUCCAAGAAAACAACGAUCCGGAGCCCGAAAAAGCCGUCGAAGUCGACGAUAAUGAAGACGCCCAUUCCGUCGAUUCCUGGGAAAAAGAAUCAGAAAAUGGAUCAGUUGACGAUGGUGAAAACGAGUUCGACACGACGAUGGAUACCUGGGAAAGAGAUGACGAUGAGGAAUCAGUCGAUGGGGAAGUCGACGAAAAUGAUAAAACAAUUGAUACAUGGGAACGAGACGAAGAAGACGAGCAUGACAGAACUAUCGACACGUGGGAAAAGGACGAUGAAGACCAAUCACUCCACGAUGAGGAAGAAGACGAACACGACCGCACCAUUGAUACAUGGGAAAGAGACGACGAUGAUCAAGACCAAACGAUCGACACCUGGGAAAGAGACGAUGAAAGUUGCCGAGAUCACACAAUCAAUGAAUCAGAGCUCUCAUCCGCUCCUGAAUGCGAUGAGAAAGAUCUCAAAAUCCAAGAUACGCCGGUUACAGAAAGCGAACCUCCAGUGGACGAGCCAGAGAGCGGAGUGGUUGAAAAAGCGCAACCUGCACCUGAAGAAAGCAAGAGUGAGGUCAAGGAUUUUGCGAGCCAUGAAGCUCAAGAAAGCACUGGAGAAGGCGAAAAGGAUUCUCCGGCGGUCGAUGAUGCUUCAGAGGAACAAGCAAAGCCUGAAGUCGUCGAGCAGGAAAGCCAAAGUGACGAAGCUCAACCAGAAUGCAUCCCAGAGCCCGCGAUUGGAGAUUCAGAGCAAAACGGAGAUACCUCAAGUGAAGAAGCCGCCCAAGUUGAUACAUCCGAGUCCACACCCGCGAUUGUCGCAAAGGAAACCCCAGAGUCUCCGACAGAAACGAAGGAGGAGGAAGAGAGCAGCUCAGCUAUAUCAGAGCCUCAGCCCCCCAACGAGACUGAGUCCUUGCCAGAAGACAAUGCUGCUGAUCCAGAACCCCAACCCACAAUUGAAGAGACUGAGCCAAAAUCGGCCGAUGCUGAGCUUCCAAGUGCUGAGACUGACUCAAUACCAAACGAAGCCUCUGCCCAGCCCGAGUCUCAACCAUCUUCAAAGGAAUCCCAGCCUACUCUGAAUGAGAAUGAACCCGUGCAGAAAGAAGCAGAUCCCGAGUCUCACUCCGUCCCAGAGGAUAGCAGCAACCCAGAACCUGAGAUUGUUGAGUCUACGCCUGUUCCAGCAGAAAGUAAAGAUCAGGAACCAUCACCCAGCGAAUCCGAAACUCCUCCAGAGAGCAAGGAAUCAGAACAGGAUACAAAAGCCGACGAAGAGACUCCACAGCCUCCCACAAACGAGGAAACUGUUGACUCUCAGCCCCCACCCGAGGAGGCAAUCAGUGUCCCAGUUCCGGAAGAACCCCAGGUAGUUGAGGAAGUCGUUGAACCUCCCGUCGAAGAACCAAGUCCUCCGGUCGAGGAAAUUCAGAAAGUCGAGGAGGUACUUGAAUCCCAGCCCGCUUCUGAAGAACCAGAAAAUAUUCCAGUUGUUGAGAAUGUCGAGAUCAUCGAGGAGGUCGUCGAGCCCCAGGAACAAGAAGCUGCCCCAAAAGAUGAACCGAUAAGCGAACCCGUAAGCGAGCCAGUAAGCGAACCAGUCGUUCAGGAGACUCCAGUGGAAGGGCCCGUUAUUGAAGAAGCUCCAGUGGCAGAAACUCAAGCGCCAGAGCAAGCCGAAAAUCCAGUUCCCGAAGACUCUCCAGUGGUGGAAAAGACAGAAUCACAAGACCAGCCACCCCCUGAGGAGCCCAAGGAAUUGGAGGUUGUUGACAAGGAGCCAGUAAUGGAAGACACUCCAGCGCAAGAGAUCAAGGAGCAAGAGCCGAAUCCUGAGGAACAGCCAACUCCCGAGGAACCAAAGGAAGUCGAGGCCAUUCCCAUCAUCGUCGAGGAGAAAAAAGAUGAGCCUGAUUCAGCUCCCCAGCUCAGCGAGGUCAUCCCUGAAGUUACGGAGGAGAAAACCGAUGCGCCAGCGCCAAUAACGGACGCACCUCUUGUUGAAGAACCAGAAACUCUCCCUGAAGUUCUCGAAGACCCUAUUGUCCCUUCAUCCCCUAAAUCAGAGCACAAACGUCGUCACCGCUCCUCUCGAUACAAGAGUUCCUCUCAUCAUCAUCGCAGUGGGAGUUUCAGCAAAGAUAAAGACUCGUCCCCUCAUCAUCACCACAGCUCAAGCAGAGAUAAAGACAGAGACCGGGUUUCAACUCCCUAUGAAGAAGCUCCUCGUCGUCAUCACCGUAGACGUCGUGAUAGCGAGGCUAAUUCUAUUCGAGAAGUCCUUUCAGCACCUAAAGAGCGAGAAAAUUCCAUCAAGUCAUUUUUCACUUCCUCGAAACAUAACAGAAGGGAUAGUGGGUUCAGUAUGAGUACCGGGCCUUCGCAUCGUAGGAAGGAGAGAACACCUGAGGAGCAGAAAGCUCACGAUAUCCGCAAAGCUGAACGGAAGGCACAAAAAGAGGCGGAGGCUCUGGCUGCUGAUGUUUCUCUCUCUUCCUCGAAAGACAGGGAAAAGGAAAAGGAAAGGGCCGAUGAGAAAAAUGAAAGUGCCAUUGCAGAUGGACACGCGUCUGAGGCACCUCUCACUGCUAUCCCGCGACGUCGUCUCUCUUCGAGAAGGGAUAGUACGAUGAGCACAGGUAGUAAAGGAGAGGGCAUCAAAAUACUUCCGAGACUACUCGGUUUAGGAGGUGUGAGUGUCGUAAAGACACCAUUCAUAGCGAGCUCCGCACCGCAAUACAAGGAGAUUGAAAUCGCCGAGAAAUCCCCAUCCAUCAAAUCCGCAUCAAUCAAAUCCCACUCCAUGGAGAAAGGAAAGGCCAAAGUUGAAAUUGAAGACGUGGUUCCGGAGAAGGAAAAGGGGAAAUCCAGUUCUGGAUCGCGGGAACGGAGGGAGAGGAGGGAGAAGGAGUAUUCGGGAGAGCAAUCACGGUCGGAUCGUCCGCAUCAUCGGAGCCGUCGUUCGCAUUCUCAUCGUCACGAUUCUGAACGUAUGGAACGCAGCGAACGUAGGGAUCGGGAUCGAGAACGGGAUUCCGAACGUGAGCGUGGUGAGCGCUCAGAACGGAAAGAGAAAUACCGUUCAGAAGCUGAGAAAGAAGCUCGUCGUCUGCGAAAAGAGAAUGAGAAAGCCCUGGAUGCCGCGCGUCAACAUGUCGAAGAGGAAGCUAGACUCCUGGCACAACGAGAGGAGGACGAGAGGAGGAUCCGAAGGGAGGAACGAAAGAAGCGGAAGGCUGCUGAAGAAGAGAAGUUGAGGAGUGCUGAGGAUGCGAGACGUGCUGCCGAGGAGCCGCCGCCGAGGGAGAGGAGGGAGAGAGGCGAGCGGGUCCACAGACAUAGACCUACGCCCGAGAAGCCCAAGGAGAAGGGAUUCAAGGGGCUGUUUAAGAAGUUACUUGCUUGAGAUAUUGGGGAUUUGCUUGCUACGUUUUACCGGAUGUGGAUUGGGAUAUUUCUUUUCUUCUUUCCUUUCUCUGUGCGUUGGGAUUUUUGGGAUAUGGAUAUGGAUAUGAUUGACGGCUCCCAAUUUCUACAUGUUUCCUUCUUUCUGUUUUUUUCCUUAUGUCUUUCAUUUUUUUCGUUCCUUGCGAUUCUCAUAUCUCUCCAAUUUCCGUUAUGAUUUACGAUAUGGAACGGCUGCCAUGUCAUGUCAUGGGUAUGACAAUGGAUACAUGGGAGCAGAUCAGAUGGGAUCAGGUCACAUCACACAAGGGAAUGGAAACAGUACAAGUACGAUACGAACACCGGAUAUUUUUUUGGAUCCGGGGGGGCUCGGGGGAGGGGAGAAAAAGAACAACACUUUAUGAGCUGGGCGACCGGUACCUUUUUUUCUUUUCUUUCUUUACCUUAUUUUGUUUGUUUUUUUGUUUGUAUACAUUUGUAUCUUGCUUCGCUUUUUCCAGUACGGUUCUGUUUUUCCUGGGUACGGUGCGAUGUAUACUUUUUUUUUCAUUCUUAACUUUCCUUUUUGUGUGCAUGUAUGUAUGUAUCUAUGUAUGUACAUCGAGGAUAACCUUUCUUUCAUUUUUGUCUAUAUUUACUUCCUUGUCUUCCGAUUUUUUAUCUCCUGUUGGUUAGUUGGUUGGAUAAUGGAUCAGUGUUGUGUGUGUAUGAACAGUGGGAGAUUGAUAUGGACGGGACGGGACGGGAGUAUAUAUACAAAAUUUAGCUUUUUUACAUAUAUUU